GGAGGAGUAGGUUCUUGUCAGCUAUGUCCGGUACAGCCAUCUGUCUCCUCCAAACGUCCUGCCAUCGCUCCAUGUACAGCCCAGCGCCAGCUUUCUACACACAGAAACGAGCAUCAGACUCCCACGGUCUCGCACAAGGACGAACCCAGCAGGAUGAACCAACCCCGUGUCCAGAGGACAGGGAUGCCAAAUGAACAACCGCACAUCAUGCCGUCUCCCUCGAAAUCUCAUGGAACGCUCGUUACCUGUCAGCAACCAGUACCUCGUUCUAGACAAACAGUCCUGCGCAUAGCAGCAAGGAAGGUCUGAACUGAGGUAGGGCGAGUGAGCGACCAUACGCAAGCAGCUCCCUCUCCUAGGAUCGGCAAAGCUACUCUUGUCAAGCACCUAAAGCUUGACAACACAUGUCCGGCCCUUGCUCCAUUCUGCCAACAAUCGUAAAGUGCAUCUUCGCGACACCUCCCACGUGGUCGGAACUCUGCAUCGUUCGGAUGUGGUUUUACCUGGGCCAAGCCUCAACAGAUAAUGUCGCCGAAAGUACCAGGUUCAUCGACCAGCGGAGGCCAGAGGCGACGGUAUCGACACGGAAAUUGGAGGAAUGGAGUAUAGGGGCGGGAUGGAUGGCGCGACGAGGGCGACUAACCAAAGGAAAUGCAACUCUUUCUCAAGUCUCUCUCAUGCGACCAGAUCGCAGGAGACGUCAAGUUCGUCCAGCACUUGGGUAUCUUGACGUCGUCCGGAUCAUGGGGCAGCGCACAACUCAAGAACGCAAUAAAAGAAGUCGCAAUUUGCGCAAAUACCAGCACGGGUGCUGCAUAACAGAGACCGGAUACUCAUCUCGGUCUGAGCAUAUUUAA